AAUUUGUCUUUAAAAAUCUGUCAAGACCGCCAUACACUUGCGGAGACAGAGAGCGGGGAGAGAGAGUGUCGCAAAUUUAACAUGACGGCCAUCGGAGCUUGCCUUUUCGCUGCCGGUUUUUCACCGGCGGUAGUCCGUUCUUGCUUAACGCCGUCAUCUGGUAAAAAGAAAUCAAAUCCGACUCGGCGAUUUGCAGUUUCUACUGAGCAGAUAUUAACGAAAAAGGCAGAAACGACGACCACGAGUUUUCCUGAGAAUGAAAGGUUGAAGAUGAAGCGGUCAGAAAAUGGAAAACAAGAGAAGCAAAAUCCAGUGAUUUGGGAGUUAGCUGAAGCUGAAAAGAAGAUUAGAAAGAGCUUGAAAGAUUACUUUGAGGAGUCGAAGGAUUUUAUCAGAUCGGACGGUGGUCCACCGCGGUGGUUCUCUCCGUUGGAGUGUGGGUCUCGCUUGGACGAAUCUCCUCUCCUCCUCUAUUUACCCGGGAUUGAUGGUGUUGGGCUAGGUCUUGUUAGGCAACAUUACAGUAUCGGAAAGAUUUUCGACGUAUGGUGCUUGCAUAUUCCAGUUAAGGAUAGAACAUCGUUUACAGGUUUAGUGAAGCUGGUUGAAAGAACAGUUAGAUCAGAGAAUAAUCGUUUUCCGAAUAGACCAAUAUAUCUUGUCGGGGAAUCUCUGGGAGCAUGCCUUGCACUAGCUGUUGCAGCUUGUAAUCCGGAUAUUGAUCUUGUACUUAUUUUGGCUAAUCCAGGAACAUCAUUUAAGAAAUCGCAGCUGGAACCUCUAAUACCUUUACUCGCCCUCAUGUCUGACCAGCUCCAGCUCAGCCUGCCUUAUAUUCUGAGUUUGAUGACAGGUGACCCUUUGAAGGUGACGAUGGAUGAUGUGGCAGAGGGAGUUCCUCUUCAACAGACAAUUGGAGAACUGUCACAACAUGUAGCUGCAAUGUCAUCUUACCUCUCCGUUCUGGCUGAUAUCUUACCUAGAGAAACACUUCUCUGGAAGCUACAAAUGCUUAAAUCAGCCUCAGCAUAUGCCAAUUCACGCCUCCAUGCUGUAAAGGCUCAAACACUAAUACUUACAAGUGGAAAGGAUCAGUUGCUGCCAAGUCCAGAUGAAGGUCAAAGACUUCAUAGUUUGCUGCCGAAAUGUGAGAAUCGUUUGUUUUCUGAUAGUGGUCAUUUCCUCUUCUUGGAAGAUAAAGUUGAUUUGGUGACUACCAUCAUGGGUGCCACUUUCUAUCGUAAAGGAGCAUACUACGACUAUAUUUCAGAUUACGUCCAACCAUCUCCUUAUGCGUUCAAAAAAAUAUAUGAAUCAUUCGGGUGGGUGAGGUUUGCCACAAGCCCUGUGAUGCUCUCAACUUUUGAAGAUGGGAAGAUAGCCAGAGGUCUUGCUGGUGUUCCUUCAGAAGGACCAGUCUUAUACGUUGGCUAUCACAUGUUACUGGGAUUUGAAUUAUCUUCAAUGAUCUCCCAAUUUUUUUUCGAAAGAAAUAUUCUUCUAAGGGGAAUAGCACAUCCAUCCAUGUUUAGGAGAUUGAAAGAAGGGAAGUUACCUCCAAUGUCACAAUUUGACACAUUCAGGGUAAUGGGUGCAGUUCCUGUUUCAGGAACCCUUUUUUACAAUCUUCUGUCUUCAAAUGCUCAUGUGCUCUUGUACCCAGGAGGUGUUCGUGAGGCCUGUCAUCGGAAGGGUGAAGAAUACAAGUUAUUCUGGCCAGAACAGACUGAGUUUGUCAGAAUGGCAGCUAGGUUCGGAGCCAAAAUUGUGCCAUUUGGUGUUGUUGGUGAAGAUGACUUUUUUGAAGUAUUUUUUGACUAUGAUGACCAAAUGAAGGUUCCUUUUCUUAGAGAUUACAUAUUAGAAAUCUCAGAGCAGUCUGAGAGUGUGAGGACUGAAGAACAGGGUGAAGUGGGAAACCAAGAUAUGCACCUUCCUGGAAUCCUACCAAAAUUUCCGGGCAGAUUCUAUUAUUAUUUCGGAAAACCAAUCGAAACAAAAGGGAGGGAGAAGGAAUUAAGAGACAGAGAGAAAGCUCAUGAAUUAUACUUGGAAGUAAAGUCUGAGGUGGAGAAAUGCCUUGCUUUUUUGAAGGAGAAAAGAGAAAGUGAUCCUUACAGGUAUUUAUUCACUCGACUAAGUUACCAAGCUACACAUGGCUUUACUUCUGAAGUUCCAACUUUUGAAGUUUGAUUGUUUUGAAAAUUGAAGAUAAGAUUAUUUUCCAUUGUCUCAAAUCCACCAAUAGAAUAAAAAAAAGAAAAAAAAAAAUUCUAGAUUAGAUAAUGAUAGACUACAGAGUCUAUGAUGUUUAGAGUUUUGGCCUGGUUGUGAUUCAUUACAUACUAAGAUGUAGAAGGAAUGUAGUAUAUGUCUGUAAAUGUAUGUAAUAACAUUUGUGUGAAAUUAUUGAUCUGUAACAUGUGGCUGGAUUGUUGUAAUACUAAUAUCCAUUGCCACUUAUCAGAUUCAUUUGAUCAUUCAGUUAUUGUAUCAUGGGAAGCAAUAUCAGACCAAAUAUCAACUAUUUGUGCUCUUAUCUCA